AUGCCUGUUGGCAAAGGACGAAAUUUCAUUGCUAGGGGACAGUCGCAGCAAGGUGUAGUGAGGACAGAUUAUAGACAGCCCAGCACACAAGCUAUGAAUCGCACAACUACGAUAUCACAGCAACAGCAAAACCAGCAACAGGUGCAACAACUACGUCGCCAGCAGCAGCAGCAGCAGCAGCAGCAGGUGGAACAGCAGCAGCGUAUGCAGCAGCAGCAACUGCUACAACAGCAACAGUUGCAACAGUUACAGCAACGAUUGCAACAACAACAUCAGCAACAACAGCAACAACAACAUCAGCAGCAAUUGCUGCUGCAGCAGCAGCAGCAGCAGCAGCAACAGCAACAUCAGCAGCAAUUGCUGCAGCAGCAGCAACAGCAACAUCAGCAGCAAUUGCUGCUGCAGCAACAGCAACAGCAACAACAACAACAACAUCAGCAGCAAUUGCUGGUGCCACUUCAACGAGCUCAUGGAACUGCACAGAACUCACAGCCUCUGCAAGUGGGUAUUCAACGCAAUGGAGAGCCGCUGGUAGUGAGGUUGGUAUCAGGCCAACAGUGGCCUGCGCUGGCAGGUAGUCAACCUGGACCAUCGCGACAGAUAGUGUUAAACCAAAAUGCAGUGGGAACACGAGUAGUGCGCCUGCAGCUCCAGUCUGCAACACCAUACCAGACUCUGGUUCAGAACCACACUGGACAGGCUCAACAAACUAAGCCUUCCCAAGUCAGUCCACCACUGAACGUGCUUCAGAAUACCCAAGGUCGCGAAGUACGGCUGUUGCUAGCAAAGAAUAGUACUGGGCAACAAAAGAUUGUAGCCCAAGUGGUACAGGACCCAAAUCGUGCAACUAGUCCUGUAUUGCAGCAGCGACAAGUAAAUCAGCCGUUUAAAGUCCCACACAUCAAAAGUAUCAGUCCUCAGGAAACAGUGUCGCAUCAGCAAAAUGUCAGCUUAUUGCGGACUUCACUACUCCAGCCAACAGGCAAGCGUCAGCAGCAGGUGGAAAGUCACGGCGGAGGCAAGCGAGUAGCAGUAGUCCAGAAAGACGAGCCACUGGCGCCAUUGUUACAGCGAUGUGGAGAACCAGAGCAGAAGGCUCAGCAGGUAGGUGUGUCACAGCAGACGUUUCCUCAGCAGCAGACAGGUACAUCACCCCAUCGUAAUCAAGUGAGUAACACGGCAAACACUCCACAUACAUCACCAGAAGACGAGCAUUGGAAUUCUUCUCGAGAGCAGCAGGCGAAUAACUAUAAAAAGCAGCAGGCAAACCUAGCAAAUGAAGUGGAACGAGAACUCCUUCCUAAUCUGAAGAGUUGUGUCGAGUCUGCAGUGUCACAAAUGGUACCUGCGUACCCAGGGAAAGAGCAGCGUAAGAGGAUGUUGGAAGACCUCGAGGCGGAGGGCCAGCUACAGCAGCAAACUCAAUCUUUGGCGCCAUUGAGGAUGCGUUCGACUCUGGAAGAAUUCUGGCAAGAUGAGUUCGAGGAAAUGGACGAGGAGAUUAAGUGCCGCGAAUCUUCUCUUGCGGAACCAGCGGAGGCAGUUUCUAAGCAUUCUGGAAAUGCAGUGGACGUCCCUUGGUGGAUAAAACCAGGAAAGUUUCUGUCGGAGUGGCUGAACGAUGGCUCCUGCUUCAGGUCGGUUGGUGAGAAGCUCUUCCUGGGACACUCCUGCAACCACAAUCUUCAGGAACUUCCAGGGUAA